GAUGAGGACACAUUCAGCCUCUGCAGCAAGGACAGAGCAGGCGUCACUGGGACAGAGACCGACUAAAGAUAUCUACGCUUUGCCAUGACAACCAUGUCAAUCAGUGCUCUGGACUGACAGCUGUCAAUCAACAGCAGAGUAUUGGACUAAAUAGGAGUAAUUCCUGUAAACUUAGACAUUUUUCUCUUUUUCUCUCUCAAAAACUCAUCUUUUACGCAAAGAAAAGGAGUGAUAGUAAUCUGCAUGCAUUCACGUGCGUGUGCAUUGGUGGGAGUGUGUGUGCGAUUGUCUUGCUCUGUAUCAGGGUCACAGUUUUGCAGGCUCUCAUCCGUCAGUGCCACAACAGGCGUCAGGUUAUAAACAGCGGACGGCUCUCUUCAUUUAACCUAUCCGUCUACGGAGAUCAUGAGUGAGGGAAGAAAAGAUUUAGAGAUGAGGGACAAAGCCAUCAUGCGCCAGCAGAGGAGACUAAAGCAGGCCACCCAGUUCACACACAAGGACUCCGCAGACCUUCUGCCCCUGGAUGGCCUGAAGAGGUUGGGUACCUCCAAAGACCUGCAGCCCCACAACAUCGUGCAGCGGCGCCUCCUGGAGGGCAACAUCACACGUCUGCGUGGAGAGGCCCGGGACAAUGUCCGCUCCCCACUAGCAGACAGCAAGGAAGGUGCAGAACCAGAGGAAAGAAGUGAGAGCACGGUGGAUGACUCCACAGAAGAGAAAGAGUCUCCGGAAGAGAGCGAGAAGAGCCUUAGGUCAGACGAUGAUGAGGAUGAUGAAGAAGAGAGGAAGAAAGUGGGCGAGAGGGCAUCCAGCCUCUCAGCUCUAGUGGUCCAGUGUAAGUGUGGAGACGCAGAGGUGAAGCUCGCCAUAAACACAGGGUGCCAACACAACCACAUCUCUAAGACAUGCUGCAGAAGACUUGGACUGAAAACCAGCCAUGAAGAAAGGUCCCAUGACAAGCUGGCAUUCAGUGACUUAACGGUGGAGACUGUGAAGUCGCUGCACUUGCAGUUGGGCAUAGAAAAAGUGCAAUGCACCGCUCAAGUCACAGAGGAUUCAGCGUUUGAUGUGUGCUUGGGUCUACAGACUCUGCUGGAACUCAAAUGCUGUGUGGACCUGAACUCCAGAGUGCUCCGUCUCCACAGCACAGAGCAAGAGUUGCCCUUCCUGGAUCCACCUGCCUGCAGUCAGUGCCAUCACCAUGACAACAACAAAAACAUGUGACCUCAAACCUACGUGCCCUAUGACCGCCCCGACCGUACCCAUGUAAUCAAAGAGGACUGUCUGGACUGUAGUGUCCUAGAGUAACUCUCUCCUCAUCAUUCUUCAUUGUUGCUUUGUUUCUGUGCUAUUGACAGAAAUCUGCCAACUUUAUUUUGUCUGAUGUUUUAAACUAGUUUUGAUUAAGUGUUUUGAGGAGGAGGAAGAUUUUAAUAUUUUAAAUUGCCUUUAUUGAACUAUAAAACAAGCACACAGUUAAUCUGAAAGUAAGAAAAUGUGCUCAUCAGGUGAUUUAUAGUACAAAACACAAAUUACAUAAACAUAAAUUAAUUAUUGUACAGGUCAAGUAAGCACCCAAACAAUCAGACUUUUUACUUAUAUACAGCAUUGAACAUGUCACACUCUAUCAGAAGUUAAAACUCUUUUACAAUACCAGUAAUCAGUACUCUGAAACUGCCUUUCACUAACCAAGUACUGUGUUUUCUGUUCUGUUUUCCUUUUAGUAGAUUAACUUGGUCCCGAGAUAAUAAUAUGGGGCUUUAGUCAAUCUGAUCUUUAUUGAGACAUGCACUGGUUUAAUUCUGAAGGAACUACCAAGAAACCAAAAUUUUCCAUCUGCAUUUGAAGAGCUCAGAUGCAAAAUCUGAUAAAAGCCACCUUCUUCAAAAAUGAGAUAAUAAAAUUGACCAAAUGCUCUUGGCGCUAUUAUACGUUUAUCAAAUGCUUUUGCUUCAAAUCGACUUAAUCCCAUUUAGAAAUACAAAUUUGUUGGCAGAAUCCAUUAAACGCCAAUUUUUCAGCAAAGUCCUCUAAGUGCAUGGAGGAAUUGGAUAAGGAACUGUGUCAGAGUAAGAGUUUUUUUACCCGGAAAAAGGAGGUUUACCGAAUAUAAUAUGAUAUUGACAGAAAUUUUUAUCCGUUUACACUGUAAAAAUUCUUUGCUGUCUUCAAUUUUUUAGUUGAAUCAAUUUAAAUUUACGAAUCAUGUCAACGUACUAUUAUUUGUCUCUCAAGUUGCUACAACUUAUAAAAUGAAGUUGACUUCUUUCAACUAUAUUUUAUAAGUUAUAAUAACUCAUCUCUAGUCAAGAUAAAUAGUAAGUUAGAAUGAUUUGAAUAUAUAAGUUAAUUUAACUGAAAAUUUUAAGGCAGCUAAUAUUUUUUUACAGUGAUACCCUUAGGGGCCGUGCACACCAAAGCUUUUUUACGGGUCUGAAAACGCCCGGCGUCAGCUUUAUUUCAGCUGACUGCCAGCUUCCUUCCCUAAUAUUUUUCAACUCUCGGCACUCAGCGCUGGCUUUCAGCAUGGAAAAAACCUGCCAGACGCUGUGCUUCAAUUGGAAACAAUUGAAAAAAUACACCGGCAUAAAAGCUUUGGUGUGCACGGCCCUUUAUUCAUAUUUUAUGCACUUAGAGGGUUUUGCAGCAAAAGACAAUCAAAUUUUUUAAAUAUAUGAAAUGUCCAAAGAGACAUUUGUAAAAAUAAGGCAUUUCAAUUAGUGAUUAAUGCAUAUUUCAUUGCCAUUAAAGUGACUUAUACUGCACCUAAACAUAAGAGCCUGAUAAAAAUGUUCAUUUACAAAAAACAUGUCAGAUGCACUUAGAGGGUUUUGUAUCUAAGCUCUUCAUUUAUAGACUUUCCCAUUUGUAUUUUUUGAUAAGCCAGUGAGAGAGGCGUGUUUGUGUUUAUGAUACAAUGCAAAUGCAUUUCUGUUUUUCACUUGCAUGUGUUUGUGCUCUUUUAGACCAAUACAGAGCCCAGUUUCAAGCUUUUAGGCACAAACCCUCUUCUGUUUCAUCUCCUCGACUGUAACCAAAGGCUUUUCUCACCACCCACGCAUCUCGCUUACCCUUUGUAUGUUAAAUUAAAACCGCAAGUACAACCGUUUAGCAGGGCCGAAAACGCCUAUCUCAGCUCCUAUCGAAAUGCAACCGAAAGAGGGCCAGUUGUAUGAAAAGAGUUUAUUUUUUGGUGUUUUUUGUUUCUCUGAACAGUAUUUUCUCUGCCUAAAUAAAAUAUGAUGUAUUCUGACUA